GUGAUUAUUGUCAUGCAUUAUAAAAUCAUAGAAAUCUGAAGAUCUUCCAUUACAGAUCACCACACAAUGGGUUGCUGCUGCUGUAAAGGUUCUAAUGGUCCUGAUGAGUUCUCCAAGGAUCUCCUUGCUGCUCACAACAGAUACAGGAGAAAGCACGGCUCGCCUCCUCUCAAAUGGUCAGCUGAAGCUGCGGCAAAAGCACAGGAAUGGGCAGACCAUUUAGCUUCUACAGGCAGCCUCCAGCAUGGAAAUCAUGAUGGAAUGGGACAAAACUUGGCCUAUUACUCUGGCGGUACACUCACAGCCUCAUACACAGCAGAAAUGUGGUACAAUGAAAUUAAAGAUUACAGUUUUGAUCGCCCGGGCUUUUCCUCAUCUACCGGCCACUUUACACAAUUACUGUGGGCGAGCUCAAAGGAAGCUGGCUUUGGAUAUACUGUGAGAGGACAGACAACUUAUGUUGUUGCCAAUUAUCUACCGGCUGGAAAUGUGCAGGGACGCUUUGAACAGAAUGUCAAGCCUGCUGUUUGAAAACAAACAUUAAACUACAAAAGAUAGUCACUCACAAUUAUAACAAUUUUUAUUCCCUAAUCUAUCUUCUGAUUGAAUAUUGUCCUUUUAUAUUAUUAAAUUUUUAUAUUACUAUUUUAUACUUUCAACAAUAAA